AUGAAUGGUCGCGGAUUGAUCACAUAUCAAAUAACAAAAAUCCAGCCACAAAAUGUUGAAGGUAAUUCAAAGUCCGAGGUCACGGACACAACCUCCUCGGCCCCACUUACAGCCGAGGACCAACCAAAACCAAAUCGGAAAUCAGUUUGGAGACCAACACGUGUAGCACCAAGCUCCAAGGUUCUAGGUGGCAACAUGGCAAUGACUGCUAAUUCACCUGUUAGCGCAAGCAUGGCCGGCCUGCCCCACCUUCACAUUCCUCAAACGCCAACCUCGGUUGUGAGCGGCCCCCCAAUUCUCCAACCCGUUGGAGGCGCCGAGGCGGCGCGCCAACGCGACUAG